AUGAAGCGGCAGAACGUGCGGACUCUGUCCCUGAUCAUCUGCACGUUCACCUAUCUGCUGGUCGGGGCCGCGGUGUUCGAUGCCUUGGAGUCGGAUUACGAAAUGAGGGAGAAAGAGCAGCUGGAAGCUGAAGAGAAACGUCUCCAAGGAAAGUACAACAUCAGUGAGGACGACUAUCGAAAACUGGAGACUAUUAUCAUGGAGGCUGAGCCCCACAGAGCCGGGGUUCAGUGGAAAUUUGCCGGCUCCUUUUACUUUGCCAUCACGGUCAUAACCACCAUAGGUUACGGUCAUGCGGCCCCGGGCACGGACGCGGGCAAGGCCUUCUGCAUGUUCUACGCCGUGCUGGGCAUCCCCCUGACGCUGGUCAUGUUCCAGAGCCUGGGCGAGCGCAUGAACACCUUCGUCAAGUACCUGCUCAAGCGCAUCAAGAAGUGCUGCGGCAUGCGCGUCACCGACGUCUCCAUGGAGAACAUGGUGACGGUGGGCUUCUUCUCGUGCGUGGGCACGCUGUGCGUGGGCGCCGCCGCCUUCUCGCACUACGAGGACUGGAGCUUCUUCCAGUCGUACUACUACUGCUUCAUCACGCUCACCACCAUCGGCUUCGGCGACUUCGUGGCGCUGCAGAAGAACCGGGCGCUGCAGCGCAAGCCGCUCUACGUGGCCUUCAGCUUCAUGUACAUCCUGGUGGGCCUGACGGUCAUCGGCGCCUUCCUCAACCUGGUGGUGCUGCGCUUCCUCACCAUGAACAGCGAGGACGAGCGGCGCGACGCCGAGGAGCGCGCCUCCCUGGCGGGCAACCGCAGCAGCAUGGUGGUGCACGUGCAGGAGGAGGCCAUGCUCCAGCAGCACCACCACCACCAUCACCAACACCACCUCCGGGGAGGGGGAGGCGAAGGCGUGGGAGGGAGGAGGAGGCGCGAGCAGCUCCUCCCGCCUCACGGAGGGAGGUACCGGUGCGAGGUCAGCGAUUUGCAGUCGGUGUGUUCGUGCAUGCAUUACCACUCGCACGAGUUUGGCAGCUCCUGCGGCCUCGGGCUGGGGGUUGGGAGAGGAGGUUUAGGAGGAGGAGGAGGAGGAGGAGGUGGAGGUGGAGGAGGUCUCUUCUCACAUCAAAACUCCUUCAGCUCACAGCUGAACCCUCACCAUCUCUCCCACCACCACCACCAGCACCACCAGCAGCAGCAGCAGCAGCAGCAGCAGCACCUCCAUCACCAGUACUUUCACGCCGUGACGUACCACAUCGAGGAGAUCUCGCCGAGCCGACUGAAGAGCAGCUUCUUCCCCUCGCCGGUCAGCUCGGUGUCGCCCGGCCUGCACAGUUUCACCGACAACCACCAACUCAUGAGAAGACGCAAGUCCAUCUGA